AUGCUUCGUAUCAAGCAGGAAGUAACAUCAUCGGCGGCAUCAGACGAAGUAGUUCCUCUAAAACAAAUACGUGUUGAUGCACAACUCCUUUCGUUUGUCGCCGAUGCACUAAUAAUACAGUUAUUUCAAAACGAUGAAUCUGUACCGGUUGAAGCCGUUUAUUGUUUUCUUGUCGAAGAAAAUGCAGCUACUUAUGGUUUCGCAGCUCGUAUAGAUGACGAACAUGAAAUUGUUGCUCUAAUCAAAGAAAAAAUAGUAGCACAACCAGAAUAUACACAAGCUCUUACUCAAGGUCAUGGCGCUCAUCUAUUAGAGCAAGAUGAAGCUUGA